GCGGGACCUUUGCUGGCGCUCUCCUUCCAGUCCGACCCAUCUGCGGAACGCUUGCUUGGGACCGGCCGUCAGUGCCAGGUGAAUAUCUCAGAAAAUAUGGCUCAUGUGAGGGACUAUAAAUGGACCCAUUUCCUUCCCUUUCUGGUGGUGUCUCUGAUGUACCCAGCCAGUGCCGAGUAUUCAAACUGUGGAGAGAAUGAAUAUUACAAUCAGACUACAGGGAUGUGCCAUGACUGCCCCCAGUGUGAGCCUGGAGAAGAACCAUAUAUGACCUGUGGCUAUGGUACCAAAGAUGACGACUAUGGCUGUGUUCCCUGCCCCUCGGAAAAGUUCUCCAAAGGAGGCUACCAGAUAUGUAGGCGUCACAGGGACUGUGAAGGCUUCUUUCGAGCUACUGUUUUAACUCCGGGUGACAUGGAGAAUGAUGCAGAAUGUGGGCCGUGUCUCCCUGGUUACUACAUGCUGGAAAACAGACCAAGGAAUAUCUAUGGAAUGGUUUGCUACUCCUGCUUAUUGGCACCCCCUAACACCAAAGAAUGUGUGGGAGCCACCUCUGGAGUUUCCGCCAGUCUCCCAGGUACCUCUGGCACUAGCACCAGUUCUCCUUUCCAGCAUGCCCAUAAAGCAGAUCUUUCAGGACAAGGGCAUCUGGCCACUGCCUUGAUCAUCGCCAUGUCCACCAUCUUCAUCAUGGCUAUUGCCAUCGUCCUCAUCAUCAUGUUUUACAUCAUGAAGACCAAGCCUUCUGCUCCAGCCUGCUGCACCAGCCACUCUGUGAAAACGGUGGAAGCUCAAGUCAGCAAGCAAGAAGAGAAAAAAGAAGUGCAAGAGAAUGUCGUGAUUUUUGCUGAGAAGGAUGAGUUCGAGAAGCUGACGGCAACGCCAGCAAAGGCUGCCAAGAGCGAGAACGACGCCUCCUCUGAGAACGAACAGCUCCUAAGCCGCAGCAUGGACAGUGAUGAAGAAGCUGCCGUUGACAAGCAGGGGUCUCCAGAACUGUGCUUGUUAUCAUUAGUCCAUUUGACAAGGGAUAAAUCUUCCACAAACAACAAAUCAACCGGGAUUCAGAGUCGAAGAAAGAAGAUCCUUGAUGUGUAUGCUAAUGUGUGUGGGGUGGCAGAAGGUCUGAGCCCCACAGAAUUACCCUUUGACUGCCUGGAGAAGACCAGCAGGAUGCUCAGCUCCACCUAUAACACGGAGAAGGCCAUCGUGAAAACCUGGCGCCACCUGGCCGAGAGCUUCGGAUUGAAGAGGGAUGAGAUAGGGGGGAUGACGGAUGGCAUGCAGCUCUUUGACCGCAUCAGCACGGCCGGCUACAGCAUCCCAGAGCUGCUCACGAAACUCGUGCAGAUCGAGCGGCUGGAUGCCGUGGAGUCCCUGUGCGCCGACAUCCUGGAGUGGGCCCAGGUCAUGCCCCCCGCCCCGCAGCCGCCCGUCACCACCUGAUGAGCCUCCGGGGGACCUGCCUCCCUUUCUCCUGGGAUGUGAUUGAGCUGAGAAACCCAGAACCAGCUACGGGCCUGCUCCCAGGCUUCUAAAAACUACGGCUUUUCUCCCAGGUCAUACCUGAGGAGUCAAAGGCAAAGCUGGCGAUGCCGGCUGAAGAAACCCAGGCCAAACACCGUACCUCAUGAAGAUGAAUGGACAGACAGUCAUCCAACAACCAUUUUCAUUUAGCACCUACUCUGUUUUGUAUAGCACUGCGCUGGGCACUAGGGAAAGAUGCCAAGGGGUAUAAAACAGUUGUGGCUCUCACGGAGCUUACGGUCUCGUUGGAGAGGUGAAAUACGUGCACUAGCGGCACACCGUGUGCUGCUGGAGCGAGAGGAGAAAGAGCACUUCUGAGGGGGGAAAUCAAGGAAGGCUGCACAGCAGAGGGGCUAUUUAUGGGAACUUUUGCCAGAGGGUCAUCAUGAACAUACUCUCAUCUUUCCAUUUCCUAGUGUCAGUUCAGAAUGGUCUGUUAGUUAUUCUAUCUGGCUUUGCAGGGAAACAAUUUAAUUACACUCAAGUUUGUGCCUCUCUCCCAUCAAAAAUUUAACAGUUCUCUCUGUGACUUAACAGUGUAAACCAGAUACACAAAGCCAGUCUCAGCAGAUGUAAGUGGUCACUAGUUUCAUUGCUUCUCUGUAUCACCGGUCUGUUGACUUUCAGAGCAUCUCAUUGCAUAUUAAUUGUAAGUAUAUUCAUUAGUAGCCCAAAUUAAGAGACAUCAGUUGUGACCUAGUUUAUGUCCCCUCAGUCGUAGAUAUGAAAACUGAAGGCCAGAGAGGCUAAGUCAGGGGUCCUCAAACUACAGCCGCAGGCCAGAUGCAGCAACUGAGGAUGAUUAUCCCCCUCA